AUCAGAAAAAAUAGCUAUGAACUUUUAAAGCAGCAAAGAAAAAUGUUGAUUUGUGAUAAAGUCACCAAACAGUCUCGUUCAGAAAAAAAAGCUCGCAAACUAUUCAGCAAACUUGGAUUAAAAUCAGUUAGCGGUGUUUCUCGCGUAUGUAUACGUAAAUCAAAAAAUAUUCUCUUCGUAAUCAACAAACCCGAUGUUUACAAAAGUCCUGGCUCUGAUACUUAUAUAGUUUUUGGUGAAGCGAAGAUUGAAGAUCUUAGUGAGCAUGCACGGUUCACUGCUGCGGAACGUCUGAAACCGAGUGACACACCUGCAGCUGCACAAGGUGGCCGGGUCGAUGUUGCACAUGCUGAACCUGAAGAAGAAAGCGAUUUGGAUGCAACAGGGAUCGAAGAAAAAGAUAUCGAACUGGUUUGUUCUCAAGCGAACGUAACCCGUAACAGAGCCAUUAAAGCUUUAAAGAAAGCCGAUAAUGACAUAGUCAAUGCAAUUAUGGAAUUAACGAUGUAA